GCCUAUUCUGACACUCCUGUCUCUCUUUCUCUUUCUCUUUCUCUCUUAAGCUGGCGUAAGCUUGAUGCCUGAUAUUGCAAGCUAAGCAAACAUACCACGCUUUCCUUGAAUCUCUCUCUCUCUCUCUUUCUCUCUCUUUCUGUCUAUCUGUGUGUGUAUGUGAGUAUGGAAAACAAGAAAAAACACUAUUAAACCAAAGUUCAUCUUCUCUUUGUUUGCUUCAGUGUUAAUAGUCUUGUUAUUUCUGUAAACCUUCUUCAAAGUUGAAAGUCAUGGAAUGCAAGACUGAUGUCCUUCUCUUCAACUUCUUUACUUGGUGGAGAUCCAGUAUCUAGUGUUUAUCUUUCUACUAUUCUUUUUUCCUUAAAAAAAAAAAGAAAAAAAGAAGGAAAGAGGAAUGGACCUUUCUGGGCAUGAAGGAGUGGAGAUGGCAAUCCCAAUAAGCAGCACUUACACUGUACAACAACGCCAACAACAACAACAACAACAAGCUCUUUCUCAAGGACUUAUUAAUGGACCUCAUCCUCCAUCUGAAGAACAACAUCAACAUAACCAAAAGAAACUUUCUUCUUCUUCUACUUCUCCUUCUCCUUCAUGGGUGAAAUACAAAGAGUGCUUGAAAAACCAUGCAGCUUCCAUUGGAGGCAAUGCUACUGAUGGUUGUGGUGAGUUCAUGCCUAGUGGUGAAGAAGGCACCAUUGAAUCCUUCAAAUGCUCUGCUUGUAAUUGCCACAGGAAUUUCCACAGAAAAGAAACUGAUGUUGCAGAAACAUACAGUUUAGUGCCAAGAUCAGCAGGAGGAGCUCAAAUGGUGAUGCCUUUGGGAUCAUUCCACACUUCAGAGUCUGAUGAAAUGGAUAGACAACAACAUCAUCAUCAUCAUCAUCAUCAUCAUCAUCAACAACAACAAGGUCCAGUUGUGAGGAAAAGGUUCAGGACAAAGUUCACUCAAGAGCAAAAGGAGAAGAUGCUAGACUUUGCAGAGAGUGUGGGUUGGAGGUUGCAGAAACAAGAGGAGAGUGUUGUGCAACACUUUUGUCAAGAGAUUGGUAUCAAGAGGAGAGUUCUCAAGGUUUGGAUGCACAACAACAAGCACAAUCUUGCCAAGAAGGACCUUAAUGACAGCAAUGUUGUUGUUCAUCCUCAUCCUCAUCCUCCUCCUCCUCCUCCUACUCAUCAUCAUCAUACUUCUCUUCAGCUUGAAUGAAAUUAGUUACUGAAUCAAUGCAUUUUAAUGCAUCAAUUAAUGACUCUUUUUCACUCUCCUUCAGUUGUUUCUUUGUUGUAACUUGUGUACUUUAGGAGCUUAAUCUAAUCUCUCUUUUUUUUA